AUGAGCAAAUCCAAUAGUGUCAGUUAUGAAAGAGUACAGCUAUUCGAGAACCCGAAAGUACCCAUCGAAGUUGAGGAUGAAAUUCUGGGAAAAUAUGCGGAGUCUAGUCUGGAUCAUGAUAUGACCGUUAAUGAACUACCUAGAUUCUUCCAGGAUUUACAACUAGAACCCACAAUUUGCAAACUGGUGAGGAAUGAAGAUGUUAUUAUUGAGGGUACUGAAGUGAUAGAUUUCACGAAACUGGUACGAUGUACAUGCCAGUUACUGAUACUGAUGAAUAAUUUAACGAUAAUAGAUGAUUUGUGGUCGAUGCUUGUUAAAAACUGUGGCAGAGACGUGGACUUCCCGCAAGUGGCGUUAAGAGAUCAUGUGUUAAGUGUAAAAGAUCUUCAAAAAAUCUCCAACCUCAUCGGGGCCGAUCAGAGUGCCGGGAUCAUUGAAAUGAUUAGUUGUGCUACUGAUGGCAAGAGACUUUUCAUGACGUAUUUGGAUUUUGGUUGUGUAUUGGGAAAGCUAGGAUAUUUAAAGAUGUAA